AUGAAGUUCACCGAGGGAAUGUGGUGCCUGAAAGAAGGCGUUCGCAUUGAGUGGAUGAGCAAUGUUGAGCGUCUGCGCACGGAGAAUGAGACAGUUCACUUGCUGUUGAACAAGCUCCAGAGGCAUCGCGGAGAUACUCUGAACUCACCCACUAUUUCGGCUCGUGUCACCUCGCCGCAGGAGGGGGUCAUCGGCGUGAAGUUUGUUCACUGGGCCGGAAAAGUGGACAAUGGACCGCACUAUCACCUGAACACAGUAAACGGUCAUGCUGUCAUCAAUCAUGACAAGAUCACGGAUCAGUUGGAUUACAGGAGUGGCCCCUUGGCCUUGAAUGUCAACACCGCAGCCAAUGCUCUCGACUUUGUCUUUCGUUCACAAAACGGCAGAAAGCUGACUGGGCACUCUUUCCGCUCAAUUGGCUAUGUCGCCGACCAACGUACCAACAAGCAUCGCUACGAGGACGGGAUAUACGCCGAGAAGCAGGGAUACAUGCUAGCUGAGCUGGAUCUCGGUGUUGGUGAGAGAGUCUACGGCCUUGGUGAGAGAUUUGGACCACUUGCCAAGAACGGACAGACUGUCGACAUGUGGAAUGAGGACGGAGGCACGAGCUCUGAUUUGGCAUACAAGAAUAUCCCUUUUUACAUGUCGUCCAAAGGGUAUGGUGUAUUCAUCAAUCAUUCUGGUAAAGUCAGCUUGGAAGUGCAGUCAGAGCGAACCACACGAGUCAAUAUCUCUGUGAGUGGCGAGGAAAUCGAGUACUUUGUCGUUCACGGCGAUGAUCCCAAAGACAUCCUGCGACGAUACACAGCUCUUACUGGUCGACCAGCGCUAGUCCCAUCCUGGAGCUACAAUCUUUGGCUCACAACCAGCUUCACGACAAACUAUGAUGAGCAGACCGUUACUGGUUUCUUGGAUGGGUUCAAGGAACGUGAUAUUCCCUUGGGCGUUUUCCACUUUGAUUGUUUUUGGAUGAAGUCCUAUCAGUGGUGCGACUUUGAAUUCGAUGAAGAAAUGUUUCCUGACGCCCUGGGGUAUCUCAAGCGACUGAAGGAACGCGGUCUGCGAAUCAGCGUCUGGAUCAAUCCAUACGUUGGUCAGGCCUCGCCUCUUUUUGAGGAGGGCAAAAAGAACGGAUACUUCAUCAAGCACACGGACGAUUCCGUUUGGCAAUGGGACUUCUGGCAAGCUGGCAUGGCUGUUGUGGACUUCACCAAUCCAGCCGCGUGCGAUUGGUAUAACAGCCACCUCGAAAGGUUAAUGGAAAUGGGUGUCGACAGCUUCAAGACCGAUUUUGCAGAGCGUAUUCCCGUGAAGGGGAUCAAGUACCACGAUGGCUCCGAUCCAGAACGCAUGCACAACUACUAUGCCCUCUUAUACAACCGCAAAGUCUACGAAACACUCAACAACCGUGUCGGUCGUAACCAAGGCCUCUUGUUUGCGCGCAGCACUGCUCCGGGAGGGCAAGCUUACCCUGUUCAUUGGGGUGGUGAUUGCGAGAGCACCUUCGAGGCCAUGGCCGAGUCACUCCGUGGCGGAUUGAGUCUCAUGCUUUGCGGAUACAUUUUCUGGGCAUCUGACAUUGGCGGUUUCGAAGGAACUCCACCACCCGCACUAUACAAGCGAUGGGUACAAUUCGGGCUGCUAUCCUCGCACUCUCGACUCCACGGGUCUUCUUCGUUCCGCGUGCCGUGGAUCUACGGAGAAGACUGCUCAGUCGUGCUAAGGGAUUGCAUCAAGCGCAAGAUCCUACUCACACCCUAUAUCUUGUCCGAAGCUUUGUGUGGUCAUCGUGAUGGAACGCCGCUCAUGAGAGCAUUGUUCCUGGAAUUCCCUCGAGACCUGAACACCUAUGCCAUCGAUACACAAUACAUGUUCGGGUCCAAUCUGCUGGUCGCACCUGUCUUCUCCGAAGACGGUGAAGUGACCUUCUAUGUUCCACGGGCUGGGGAUGGGGCGACCGGAAAGUGGGUGUCGUGGUUUGACCAUUCCAAGUCGUACGAAGGUGGUCAGUGGUACACUGAGACUCAUGACUUUGAUACUAUGCCUAUUUUGAUUCGUCCAGGAUCGGUGACGCCGAUCAAUCCAAAACUUAAGGUGCCAGAAGACAGCGCAUUGGAAGGAAUGCAGUUACUGGUGAAUGGCACCUUAUCUGGAGAGACCAUCAUUGAGAUUGUGGACCCGAGUCAAACAGACCAGGUUCUGAAGAGACUUCGUGUGAGUGGCGGCCCUGAUGGAAACGGCGUGCAAGUGGACGGACAUGAAGUGGAAGUCAUCAGCAUUGGCCAGUGA